AUGAACAUGUUUUGUGGGAAAGCAUUCAACUGUUUGGAUGUUGGAGGUGAUGGUUCCUGUCCGCUAGCUGCUGGCGGGUCAGACCCUAUUCUUCGUGUAUGGGAUCCUACAAAACCAGGUACUUUGGCCCCUACCUUUCAGUUCUCCUCUCACACUUCAUGGAUAUCUAGCUGCAAGUGGCACGAUAAAUCAUGGUAUCACUUGGUGUCAGCAUCUUAUGAUGGGAAAGUUAUGCUAUGGGAUCUGAGAACUGCGUGGCCUCUUGCUGUUAUCGAUUCACACAAAGAUGAUAAGGUCUUAUGUGCCGACUGGUGGAGAGGGGAGACAGCAAAAAUGUCGAAGCGAGGACGUGGAGGAUCGGCGGGUAACAAGUUCAGGAUGUCUCUGGGUCUUCCAGUGGCUGCGACGGUGAAUUGCACCAACAACACCGGGGUAAAGAACCUUUACAUCAUUUCAGUGAAGGGAAUGAAGGGUAGGCUCAACCGUCUCCCUUCUGAUUGCGUCGAUGACAUGGUUAUGGCCACCGUCAAGAAGGAUAAUGCUGGAGUGAUUGUUAAUCCCAAGGGAAAAAUGAAAGGUUCUGCAAUCAGUGGUCCCAUUGGAAAGGAGUGUGAUGAUCUUUGGCCUAGGAUUGCAAGUGCUGCCAAUGCGAUUGUUUAA